UAUAAAAACCUCCUUCCAUGUGUACUCAUUGGCUUGCGUAGACGACUAUCUCGCCGGACGCCCGCCCAGCCGUUCAAAGAAGCCUUUCGCCAGAUCCCUUCCUGUCCACUUGACUCUUCGGAGCCAUCAAUCCGGUUCUGAAGCCGCCCACCGAUUCUGGAACUCCCGCUUCAUUGGGCCUCGGGUCUUCUCGGAUCUCCUCGAUUUGCCCCCCCAGCGCCGGCAGCCCGCAGCCCACUGCCUCGGAAAGCUGUCGAUCUCGAGGCGCCUCCCGCCCACUGCCCCUCGCGGCACUCCGAUUGGCCGCUCGCCUCCAGAGCCCGUGAUUGGGGUCCCGGGAGCAGCAGCCGCCUUCCAUUGGCCCGGCCGCGCCGUCCGUCAAGCCGGCGUCGGGAGGGGGCGUCCCUCUCCCCCCUCGUCGUCUUUCCAGCCGCUGGGUUCCCAGAGUGCUCCGCGGCCGUGUGGAGCGAGGCCUUGUUCCCGCGUUGAGCCGCUGCUGCCGCCGCCGCCUCCUCAGCUUCAGCCUCCGCGCCAGGCCCGGCCCCGCCGCGCCAUGUCGGACUACAGCACGGGAGGACCCCCGCCCGGGCCGCCGCCACCCGCCGGCGGGGGUGGGGGCUCCGGAGGAGCCGGGGGUGCCGGGGGAGGCCCGCCGCCGGGCCCGCCGGGCGCGGGGGACCGGGGCGGCGGCGGUCCAGGCGGCGGCGGCCCGGGCGGAGGGUCAGCCGGGGGUCCCUCGCAGCCGCCCGGCGGGGGUGGCCCGGGAAUCCGCAAGGACGCCUUCGCAGACGCAGUGCAGCGGGCCCGCCAGAUCGCAGCUAAAAUUGGAGGUGAUGCCGCUACAACAGUGAAUAACAGCACUCCUGAUUUUGGUUUUGGAGGCCAAAAGAGGCAGUUAGAAGAUGGAGACCAACCGGAGAGCAAGAAACUGGCUUCCCAGGGAGACUCCAUCAGUUCUCAGCUCGGACCCAUCCAUCCUCCCCCCAGGACUUCAAUGACAGAAGAGUACAGAGUCCCAGACGGCAUGGUGGGACUAAUCAUUGGCAGAGGAGGCGAACAGAUUAACAAAAUCCAGCAGGAUUCAGGCUGCAAAGUGCAGAUCUCUCCAGACAGCGGUGGCCUACCCGAGCGCAGUGUGUCCUUGACAGGAGCCCCGGAGUCUGUGCAGAAAGCAAAGAUGAUGCUGGAUGACAUCGUCUCUCGGGGUCGUGGGGGCCCCCCAGGACAGUUCCACGACAAUGCCAACGGGGGCCAGAAUGGCACAGUGCAGGAGAUCAUGAUCCCCGCAGGGAAGGCCGGCCUGGUCAUCGGCAAAGGUGGAGAGACGAUUAAGCAGCUGCAGGAACGGGCUGGAGUGAAGAUGAUUUUAAUCCAAGAUGGAUCCCAGAACACAAACGUGGACAAACCGCUCCGGAUCAUCGGAGACCCUUACAAAGUACAGCAAGCCUGCGAGAUGGUGAUGGACAUCCUUCGGGAGCGUGACCAGGGUGGCUUUGGGGACCGGAAUGAGUAUGGAUCCCGGAUCGGCGGGGGCAUUGAUGUUCCAGUGCCCAGGCAUUCUGUGGGGGUGGUCAUCGGCCGGAGUGGAGAGAUGAUCAAGAAGAUCCAGAAUGACGCAGGUGUUCGGAUACAGUUUAAACAAGAUGACGGGACGGGUCCUGAGAAGAUAGCUCACAUAAUGGGGCCCCCAGACCGGUGUGAGCACGCCGCGAGGAUCAUCAAUGAUCUCCUCCAGAGCCUCAGGAGUGGUCCCCCGGGCCCCCCAGGGGGUCCUGGCAUGCCCCCAGGGGGCCGAGGUCGAGGAAGAGGCCAAGGCAACUGGGGCCCUCCCGGUGGGGAGAUGACCUUCUCCAUUCCCACUCACAAGUGUGGGCUGGUCAUCGGCCGAGGUGGCGAGAACGUGAAAGCCAUAAACCAGCAGACGGGCGCCUUUGUAGAGAUCUCCCGGCAGCUGCCACCCAACGGGGACCCCAACUUCAAAUUGUUCAUCAUCCGGGGCUCGCCCCAGCAGAUCGACCACGCCAAGCAGCUCAUCGAGGAGAAGAUCGAGGGUCCCCUCUGCCCAGUGGGACCAGGCCCUGGGGGCCCAGGCCCUGCCGGCCCCAUGGGACCUUUCAACCCCGGGCCCUUCAAUCAGGGGCCACCUGGGGCUCCCCCUCAUGCUGGAGGUCCCCCUCCUCACCAGUACCCACCCCAGGGCUGGGGCAAUACCUACCCUCAGUGGCAGCCGCCUGCUCCUCACGACCCGAAUAAAGCCGCGGCUGCCGCCGCAGACCCCAACGCUGCCUGGGCCGCCUACUACUCACACUACUACCAGCAGCCCCCAGGCCCCGUGCCAGGCCCAGCACCGGCCCCUGCGGCCCCGCCCACCCAGGGCGAGCCCCCUCAGCCUCCACCUGCCGGCCAGUCGGACUACACUAAGGCCUGGGAGGAGUACUACAAGAAGAUCGGCCAACAGCCCCAGCAGCCCGGCGCACCCCCACAGCAGGACUACACAAAGGCCUGGGAGGAGUACUACAAGAAGCAGGCUCAAGUGGCCACGGGAGGGGGUCCGGGAGCACCCCCAGGCUCCCAGCCAGACUACAGUGCCGCCUGGGCCGAAUAUUACAGACAGCAAGCCGCUUACUACGGACAGACUCCAGGUCCUGGUGGCCCCCAGCCUCCACCCACACAGCAGGGACAGCAGCAGGCAAGUGGGAAUUGCCACCCUCCUCCUCCUCCUUUCUCCUUCCAACCCCCGGCUACCGUCCAUCCUGCCUUAGUGGGUAGCGCCGGAAAUCCCUUCCCCUGCGGGGUGUGUCCUUGAUGCCUGCAGCGGGGGCCGCGUGGCCAGAGGUCUCCGGGAGUCCCCACGCGCCGGGGGAAGUGUGUGCUGGGUCCAGAGGUUAAACGAAGAGGCCUCCCUCCGCCGGCCCGCUUGUUCCUGUGUAACGCUGUCAUGAUGCUGGGGGAGACCGCGCGAAACAAAUAAAAGGAAGAACUGUUGAACUGGUGGGUAGUCCUGGGGGUGGGGGGCAGGCCGUCCGCUCAGAUGCUGGUCGCCAUCCUGGCUGCUAACUCACUCACUCAAAAUCUGGCCACUUGGGAAGAAAACGGAUAUUUUUUCCCUUCUCUGCAUUACUUUCAUGGUUUUUGUUCUUUUGAUUCUUUUUUUUUUGAAACCACGAUCUCUCCCCGCGUGUCCAAGUGACUGUGUGUGCUGCAAGCGGCCCCGUGCGGCUCGGCCGUGGCCCGGCCGUGGCUCCUCCCGUGGCUCCUGUGGGCUGUGGGGAGGUGCUGAGGGGCCUGGGCCCUCCCGCUCCACCCAGGCUCGGCCUCUCUGCUCCCGUGCCCGCCUUGUGUCCUGGUCUUGUCUGUGAAGUGGGCAUGACGAUCGCUGCCACCUUCCAACCUACCUCACAGGGGUGUUGUGGGGACACCGUGAUCUCUGACUGUCAUGUUGUGAUGCGCCGGGCCGCCCGCCCUCCUUCUUGAAGACAGGGCCCCUCCCCCCUCCCCUCCCCUCCCCCGCUCCCAGCCCUGAGUGCUUCUUUCCCGCUCUCCCUCUCCCUCUCUCUGUCUCCCUCUCUCUCUGUCUCCCUCCUUCUCUCCCUCUCUCCCCCUCCCCCCCCUCCCUGCUGCUUCUCCUUCCUUUGUGUCACUCUCUCCUCCAUCAGGGAGCCAGUCUGACUUCAGCCGAGCCCCGGAGCACUGACUAGACAGCUACAGACACUUCCUUCGGCCUGCGCUCACCACAGGCUCAGGAGAGGGGCUUCCUAGCCCCCUCCUCGCCCCCGUCCCCCAGUCUCCCGCCUCCCCUCCCGUAGUGACCAAUUCCUAUCUCUUCCCUCUCCGCAGGCUCAAUGAAUCGAAUGAAUGUGAACUUCUUCAUCUGUGAAAAUCUUUUAUUAUUUUUUUUCCAUUUUGUUCUGUUUGGGGGCUUUUUGUUUGUUUUUCUUCCGUUUGUUUGUCGAGAGAGCGAUGGCUGCCAAGGAGGGGGUGCCUGGGGAGCCCUCGCUGUGAGUGGCUUGGAGAUUGCAGCACAGGCAGUGCCGGGCUCUCGCUCUCUCGCUCAUUCUGUGUGUCUCACAUGCUUUUUUUCUUUCAAAAUUGGGAUCUUUCAUGUUGAGCCAGCCAUAGAAGAUAGCGAGAACUAAAUCUCUGCAAAAAAAAAAAAAAAAAUUAAAAAGCGAAACAAAACCUAUGAAAUUAUAUAUAUAUAUAUUAAAAAAUCUCUAUCAUCCCCCCCCCGCCCCACCCCAGCGUUCCUGACACUGCCUCUUUCAGGAGAAAGCAAUUCAUUCACUCCCUACUACCACCCUUGGCCCUCUUCAUGUUUUUAAAAUAAACUUUUAAAAAGGAAAAAAAGUCACUCUUGCUAUUUCUUUUUUUUAGUUAGAGUUGGAACAUUCCAUGGACCAGGUAUUGGUAUUGCAGGAACCCUGCCCCGCCCCACGUCAGGCAGCCCCUCACUCAGCCUCUCUGCUCCUCCUCUCGCUCUUCCUUCCGCCCCAGCCCAGCUCCCCCACCGCCCACCCCUCCCGCCCCCCACCCCCAGGACUGGUCUGUCGUGUUUCAUCGGUUCAAGAGGACAUUGAAACUGAAAACAGUUGAGAACAAAAACAAAAAAUUGUAUGGCAGUUUUUACUUUUUAUCGCUCGUUUUUAACUUCACAAAUAAAUGAUAACAAAACCUCCCCGUGUCUGCCGGGUGCCGUCUCUCUCUUUCUCUCCCCGUAGACUUUUGAAGCAGAUGUUUGUUCUUUAUAGAUGUUGUAAAAGCCUGAUGAUGGUGAUUGGAAAUUACAAGCUUUGUGUUGUGUUGGUUUUUUUUUUUUUAACCGGAAUUAUAAGAAAAGAUAGUUUUCUGCAGGCGCAUUGUGCUUUCCUAACUCUGCCCCCCACCCCUUUUUUGGUUAAAUAAAGUGCUUUUUGUCUAAAA